GAUAUAGUUUCCAGAGAUCUGUCCGCAGCGACAACUUUGAUUGGAACAUUGCAUCAGCAGAUCACUUCUGUCACAACACAUGUGCAGAGCUUAAUACAGAAGAUUCGCAAUGGAACGUACCCAACGGAAAAAGGUCUGAGCUUCCUGGAAUUGAAAGAUCAGAUGCUUGUGAUGUAUAUGCAGGAUCUUACAUACCUUAUAAUGGAAAAGAUUCAUGGGAAAUCCCUAAAAGAGAAUCCAGCCAUCAUGAGGCUGGUGGAAAUGCGCACAGUGUUGGAGAAAAUGCGUCCUGUUGAUCAAAAACUAAAAUACCAUCAAAUCGAUAAGUUGGUGAGAGCUGCUGUGACAGGAAGCCUUGGUGAGAACGAUCCUUUGCGUUUCAAACCCAAUCCUCAGAAUUUGAUGAGCAAGUUGGAGGAGUCUGAUCAGGGAGACUCAGGAAGCGACGAAGAUGCAGGUGGGGAAGGCAAGAAGUCCCAGGGCAGGGUGAAAAAAUAUGUGCCCCCACGACUUGCACCAGUUCAUUAUGAUGACACCGAGGCAGAGCGGGAGCGCAGGAUCUUAGAGCGGGCCAAGAAACGAGCUCUCAGCAGUUCUGUAAUUCGGGAACUGAAAGAACAGUACACUGAUGCCCCAGAAGAGAUCAGAGAAGGCCGAGCUUAUCAUAUGAUGACUCAUGAAAAAGAGGAGCAGCAUCGUACAAAUUAUGAAGAGUCCAUGAUGGUACGACUGAAUCUGACAAGAAAAGAAAAGGCUCGUAAGAAGAGAACACUUGCCAUGACCUCCCAGCUCAAUUCUCUUACACACUUCACAGACAUCAGUGCCCUCACUGGAGGAGAUACCAGGACCGAGGACCUUAUCCCCUCAGUCAAGAAAUCAAGAAAAGGACUAAAGAAAGGAAAGAAGAAGAAAGGGUUCAAGAAACGUCGCUGA